GAAUGUUAUUAGACAAUUUACAGCACAAAAUAAUAUAGGGCAAUAACACAUAAUUGAUACAUUGAGGUUCUUUCUUUAUUUUUUUUAUUUACGAAGAAUAUAAAUAUGGCAACCUCGCCACUUUAGAAAGUGACGUAAGAAAUAAUCGAGAGGGGUAACGUGUAAUUGUGUUGUGCAAACAAUUCGUGAAUCCUUCUUUUAUCUCACUAGUCCCAUCGAUGGGCGCUCCGAUCCAGGGAAAAGGCAACAAACGUGGUCACGCAAACGGCUUCGGUAAAUUGCGACAACCCCCGCGUCAGCCAUUGAACGACAAUUUCACACCAUUCGAUAGCCCCCCGAUGAUGCGGCCUCGCGGUCCUUUUCCUCCACUCCGCGGUCCGAUGGGCAUGCGACCUAUGAUGGUUCCCCCCAACAUGCGCCCACCUCCGCCUCGCGGACUUCGUCCACCGCCUCCCCGCCUUCUCAGAGGACCCAUAAUGCCGCCCCGGAUGAUGGGCCCUGGCCCGCGCCUUCCUCCUCCACCCGGCAUGCGGCCGCCCCCGCCUGGCAUGCGUCCUCCGCCACCACAUAUAAUGGGCCCCAUGCGGGGUAUAGGCUUCAGACGCGGGAUGCCGCGCAAGUUCCCUAUGGGGGCCUUCAAGGGAGUACAAAAAGGAAGAGUGAUGAAACGGCGACGUCCCAUGAUCAAAGACAUUGACCUGACGAAAGAGUGGGUUACGGAUGCGAUCAGGGAAGAGUUCAAAAAGAAGGAGCAGUUGUUGGCCGCGGCGAAGAGCUCGGAGAGCAAGGAGGCCUGGGCCACGUAUAGGACGCAGAGGGGGAAGUGCAGUCAGAUGUACCACGCGGCGGAAAUGGAGUUCGUUGGGCAGCAGGAGACUAGCGUACAAGAAUGGGAUGAAUUCGAUUACGAAGAAAAUCCAGAACCUAAAGAAAUUUACUUUUGUGAUGUUUGCGAAGAAGAUUUUUACACGAAAGAAUCUUACGAGAAUCACAUGUCGCAACAUCGAAUAUGCGGUUUGGAUGGAUGCCAAUACACAGCGCCUCAAAAAAUGAUCGAAAAGCAUAUCCAAAUGCAACAUUUAACUGGCCUUUAUGAAAAAAUACGAAGCGUUAAUACACCCGAAGAAAUCGCAAAAUGGAUCGAAGAACGAAAAGUUAGAUAUCCAAGUAAGGAAAAUGUUCAAAGAAGGUACGAAAGACAGGAAGAAAUGUUGAAAAGAGGGGAGAAAAUUGGGGAGAGGAAAAAUCGAUUCGGAAAGGACAGGACCAGACUGUCACGAGUCAGACAGAGAAGACAAGUCCGGAAAAACGAGCCAAAGAUUCUGAAAACAUCUGAACAGCCGAAGAAAUCCCUGAUCGAUGAAAAAUGCGACUGGAAUGGAACAAUGUUUCCGUUUGGAGGUACCAAAGAAUUAUAUAAUGAAGAAGUUGAAAAGGAAACUAGUGAUUACGAUGAUGAGGAAUGGAUGGAUACUUCAGGCAAAGUGACUGUUGAAUUAAAUAAUGCGUUGGGAGCAUUGAUGGGUGCGUAUGAGUCCGAUGAAGAAGAAGAGACUCCUCAGAGUCACUCUGUUGUUAAUGACGCUCCAAUUGAAGAAAAAAUACAAAGAGAACAAAUAGAGUAUCCAAAUGAGCAAGUGAAUGACACUAAAGUCAUCAAGACAAAUAAGCGUAAAAGAUUUUCUAGUGGUAAGAAACAAAAUAAGCUUGCAAAGGUACAGAAUAACAAACCUGUUCAGAGUGGCUUUUCUCGAAUGAAAUUCGUUAAACGUAGAGUAACUUUAUUGGAAAAAUUAUUAGAUAGUGAAAUAAGACAUGAACGCAAUGUUUUGUUACAAUGUGUACAGUAUGUCGUCACUAAUAAUUUCUUCAGAUAAUAGAGUUAAAAGACUGUGAUCACUCAAUUUUUACGCAAUAUAUUUUUAUUAAGUAGAA